AACCGGCAGACUGCGCUCGUGAUUGUGCACAUUUCAGACUUGUCAUCGGUGACUCCGAGGGAGGAAUGCUCGCACGGUCUGUCGCGACGACGGGGGAAAAAUACUGUGUGUUGCUGAGGACGAGUGGAUUAGUGUAGAGCUCCAGUUUGACGCGUCAGAAUGGACAGACUGUUGCGACUGGGCGGCGGGAUGCCUGGCCUGAAUCAAGGGCCGCCACCCUCCGACGCGCCCGUUGUGGACACAGCUGAACAGGUGUACAUAUCGUCGUUGGCGCUUUUGAAGAUGCUCAAGCACGGCCGCGCCGGCGUCCCGAUGGAGGUGAUGGGCUUGAUGCUGGGCGAGUUCGUUGACGAUUACACCGUUCGCGUUAUCGACGUCUUCGCCAUGCCGCAAACGGGAACGGGUGUCAGCGUAGAGGCGGUGGAUCCAGUGUUCCAGGCGAAGAUGUUGGACAUGCUGAAGCAGACCGGUCGGCCGGAAAUGGUGGUCGGCUGGUAUCACUCUCAUCCGGGAUUCGGCUGCUGGCUGUCCGGGGUGGACAUCAACACUCAACAAUCCUUCGAGGCACUCAGCGAACGAGCGGUGGCCGUGGUCAUCGAUCCUAUACAGUCAGUGAAGGGGAAAGUUGUUAUCGAUGCAUUUAGGCUAAUCAAUCCGAACAUGAUGGUUUUGGGGCAAGAGCCGAGGCAAACGACGUCGAAUUUAGGACACCUACAGAAGCCAUCCGUUCAAGCGUUGAUACACGGAUUGAAUCGGCAUUAUUACAGUAUUAGUAUUAAUUAUCGCAAGAACGAGCUGGAGCAGAAGAUGCUGCUGAAUCUUCACAAAAAAACAUGGAUGGACGGCCUUACCCUUGCCGAAUACUCGGAACACAGCCGGCUCAAUGAGAAUAUCGUUUCCGAGAUGCUUGAACUCGCGAAGAAUUAUAACAAGGCCUUGGAGGAGGAGGAAAAGAUGACACCCGAGCAAUUAGCGAUAAAAAAUGUUGGCAAGCAGGAUCCGAAACGGCAUCUGGAGGAGAAGGUCGACACACUAAUGGCUACAAAUAUUGUUCAGUGCUUGGGAGCUAUGCUCGAUACAGUUGUAUUCAAAUAACUGUUUUCCGACACGUCUACUCGCAAUAUGGUAUUUAAAGGAAAUAUACAUCUUUUUAAAAUAGAA